AUGGGUUCCGAAGUACGCGCGCCGGGCAAGGAGCACAUGCCCAACUAUCCCAAGGGCUGGAUCACCAUUCGCAUCCUGCAGCUCAUCAUCGCCGUCGUCACCCUCGGUCUCUGCAGCUACCUCGUUACCACCAGCGUCAUUGGCGCCGGUUUCUACGUGCAAAUCUUUACGGCAAGAUCCCUUUUCUCUCUCUCUUACAUACACGUUUUUACUGACCAGGGGCAAAAAAAGGCCGUCUGCACAAUCAUUACCAGCAUCUGGCUCAUCAGCGCACACUCAUGCGCCCCCCGCGCCUUCAACUACUGGGCCGUCCUCGUCCUCGACAUUUACCAGUACCUGCUCUGGCUCGGCGGCUUUGCGGCCUGCGCCAUCCUCGCCGCGGGGCUGUUUGGCGGCCGCGGCCUGCGCGGCGGCUCCUACAACUUCAAAUACCUCCUCGGUCGACGCUACUAUGACAGCUGGUACGACGGGGAUAGGUACACGACGACGGCCAAUGCCGCCAUUGGCGCUGCGGCCGCGGGACUCGGCGCGGUCGAGUUCCUCCUCUUCUUCAUUUGCCUCGUCGUCAAUGCCGUCGUCAUCCAUAGACACCACCGCGCCGGCCUCCACAGCCGGCCGGUCCGCCACGUGGUCGGCGCCAGCGUCCUGAUGACGCCCCCGCAGAACACCACUUACCAGACCGUCCCGCAGAGCGGUGCCGACAUACCGUUUACCCAGCAGAACACGGUGUAUAACCCGCAGGCCAUGUACGGCGCGCCGCCGCAGCAGCAGGGCGUCUACGCUGGCCAGGGGUACGUGCAGCAGCAGCAAACGAGCUACUAUGCGCCGGCGCCAGUGAUGCCUUCGCACACGGGCACCUCGUAUCACAAGUCUGUCUCGCCGAUGCCGACGCAGCAGGCGGUGGCUUAUCCUCCCCCUCCACAACAGCCGCACAGCCCGUACUACACAUGA